GUCUCCCGACAGCCCUUUAUAGAUAGUCGUUCCUUCUGUACUGUGUCCUCUACACUUUGCGGUUGUAUAUUCCUUGGCCAGUUUCCCUUCUCUUCUGGUAUCCGUUGUGCUUCCUACGAUGCAGAUGCCUUCUGUGUGCUGGAUAUCUGCUUUGGGCACUGUUCUGGCAGUCUACGAAGUCCCGUACGCCGUCUUUUUUUCAGGUUGGACCAAUUCCAUUGUUCCAAGCUUCUGCCAAGGACGAGUCAUCAUCCCAUUUAAAUGUUCUGUAUUACACAGUUUUACAUUCUUUCGAAGAUACUUUCCCCGCCCGUGUUGGUUGUUCAGCUCAAGCUGCAGUUUCCAGUUUCAACACCGGUUGUUCAGGGUGCGUUGCAGCAAGUCACACGAUAACACCUCACUUACAACACAAUUGCAGCUGUAUCAUGGUAAUGAAGACAUCACCUUUUCAUGGAGGAGUAACCUUUCCACUCGUUGAUUGCGCGAGAGGCAUUGGACACGCUCAAUGACACUCGUCAUGAUUAUGCACCUCCAAUCGUCGCGUAUGAUUGCGCCGGU